AUGCUCGGCGUUUUCGCCUCGGCCCUGUGCGACGGCAACGGCGUCGUCUGCGCCGCGGCGAUGGCCGUGGCCACCGACACAGCCGAGAGGCUCGCGAUGCGGCGUGCCGGAGUGAAGCCAGCGCUCGUCCGCACGCGGCCGGUCUGGCUGGAUCGGAAGGACCGAAAGGGAGACUUUGUGCUGGGCACGGCCGGCGCCGAGGACGAGGAGGGCGGCGCGGACCCGGCGGCGCACAGGGCGGCCAUGCCAGUGGCGCACGCGACGGCGGGCGCGGUGCAGCUGCCGCUGAAGUCCGCUGCGCACAAGGCGCACGGAGCUCAGCCCCACGCGCCGGCGGCGGCCACGAGGAGCGCCAGCCUGCAGACGGGGGACAGGCCCGCCGCGCCGCCGACGGCGCAGGCCUCCGUGAAGACCCUGGGCUGCUCCGCCGCCUCGAGGGGCGCGCGCCGCGCGGCCCGCGCCGCGGCCGCGGCCGGGGCCUGA